AUGCCGAAAUAUCCCAACGAUUAAACUUACUUUUAUAUCUCUGGUAAGAGAUAUAUUACUAAUAAAGGUUAUGAUCUAUUUUUGGGAAAAAUCAGAGUCCAAAGUUCAACUCCAACUUGGAUAAAAAGUUAUGGGUCUGCUAGUAAUGAAGAUGUUGGUAGAAUGAUAAUAGAUAGCAAUGCCUUAUACAUAUACAUGAUUGGCACUACUUUAAAUAAUGCUCUACUAGGAUCUGACAUCUUCUAUGCUAAAUUUGACUCAAAUGGUGGUAUAGUAAAAUUCAUGCAAUAAGGCUGUGCUUCAAAUGAUUUUGGCUAAUAAAUAAUCUUAGAUAGAUAUAAUACUACCUUAUUCUCUGUAUCAUCAAGUUAAUGCUUCAAAUUCGAUAAUUCUAAUCCGAAUGGAAACAUUGAGUUAGCAUUUCAAUAGCAUGAUCUAGAUUUGAAUGUGCAGUGGAGUAAGUAUAUGGGUACAAGUAGAAAUGACUAAGUAGUCAAAAUGAUUGGGAAUCCAGAAUUCAAUGAAAUUAUGCUAUUGGUCAAAACUUAUAAUGAUACUCAAAUAUGCUAAGCAGUUUUGGUCUAUCUAGAUUAUUAUGGAGAAACUUUAUGGGCAAAAUAUAUAGGAGGAGAUAGAGUUUCAGAUUAUUUUAAUGAUGGUAUUUUUUCACCUGAUGGUAGAUAUUUCUAUGUAAUUGCCUCGUUAUAGUAAGCAAAGUUUAGAACAGCAAAUUCAAUCCUAGAUUCACCUUUUGCAGCUAUUAUUAAAAUAAAGAUUAGUGACAAGACUAUUUUAGAUACCUAAUAUUACGAUCCAAGUAUAGAUACAAAGGGAUUUCUAAUUACUUCUGAUGUAAGGAAUAACUUUGUGAUAGCUGGAGCUAAAUUGAAAUUAAAUUCUUACUAUCAAGGAUACAUCGUUAAAUUUCAAUCAACUUUAUAAGAUUGGGGAUGCUUUAAAUAGAGACUUGAUUUUACCAACUUUUUUGAUGAUUUAUAUGAGACUUGGAAAAACACAUUUCAUCCUAAUAAAUUUGAAUCCUAUGAUACAAUCUUCAGUUAAUAUUAAGUUGAGGAUGAGAUAUCUUAGUAUUCUCUUAAUUCAAUGGCUAAUAGUUGGAAUUCUUACUCUAAUUCUGAAUGCUCAGUAAGUUACUUUGUAGCUCCAUAAGAAUCACAAUACUACUAUUAUUUUUAAAUCGGAUCAAUUGCAAGAAUUAACUAUUAAAAGAGAUUCUAUUACUGCAAAAGUGUUAAUACUCCAACUACAAUCACUUUAGUUGCAAUGGAAUAUACUCGAGAUAGUUUACCUGCUGGUUUAUAGCAGGACAGUAUAAGUUAGCAAAUAAAAGGUACUCCAACAGCUUAAGGUACUUUUGAUAUUAUCUUUGAAUCACAGAUAUUUGACUCAUCAAGCUCAUAGACAUAUUAUCUUAGCUAUAUUGUAACGGUUAAAAUUUUACCUAAAUCUGGACCAAUAGAGCUGAAAAGUUUCUUUAUGAGUCCUGAUGAAUUCAGAAUUUUGUACCCAUACGAAUAUACUUUUCAAAUAACUGAUUUUUUCAGUUUUCCUUAUUCAGAAUUUUACUCAAUUACUACUAAAGUUCGAACUGCAAAUGGCUUUAAUGUUGCAAUUACAAAUUUACCAAGUUGGUUAAAAUUUGACGAUAAAAAUUUAACCUUUUAUGGAACACCUUAAAAGUCUGAUUACCCCACUGCAAUUCAGUUUCCCAUUGAACUUUAAAUAUUUCUAUUAGUAACUGAUAUUUAUAACCAAUAAACACAAAGCUCAUUAGCAUCAUUAAGUAUAACAAACUUCUAGCCAUAUCUUAACAAUGAAAUUAUAUUUCCUGAGUAAAUUUGCUUACAGUAAAGCAAAACUUUCUUUUACAAAUUUCCACUUAACACAUUUAUUGAUGAUGACAAGCAUGCUUUAAUUUAUACUCUGAGAGUAAUUCAGUAUUGGGCUAUCCCAGUGAUUUGA